CUGCGGCUUCGGUCUUUCUCGGUGAAAUCUAAGCAUCUGUGCCCCAGUCCUACACCUAGGAAGCCUGGGGGGCGCGACGGACCUUGAAAGCCCCAAGCGCGUGUCUCCAACGGCGGACAGGGCAGUGUGACGUUUUUCAGCGUUUCAAGAUCCUUCUGCCUGUGAGUGUGGUGGAAACAGAGGAUGGCGCUGUGCUUAGGCCUUUGAGAGCAUGUCCUCAAGAUGCAGAUGUGAUUCCUCUACGUAAAGUCGCCUGAGAAGAACCCGGGGCAGGAGGAGGAGGACAGGAUGGCUGCGUCUCAGGGACUGUUGACAUUCAGUGAUGUGGCCAUAGAAUUCUCUCAGGAGGAGUGGGCAUGCCUGGACCCAGCUCAGAGGAAACUGUACAUGGAUGUGAUGUUGCAGAACUACAGGAACCUGGUAUUCCUGGGUCUUGCUGUGUCUAAGCCAGACCUUACUUUUUUGGAGCAAAUUAUGGAGCCCUGGGAGUUGCAGAGAGAAAAGACAAUAUUCAUCAACCCAGGUAGGUGA